CUUGAGCCCAUUCCUUCCAAAUCAAAUCAAAUAUUUUUUUUUGAGCAGAAAAUCAAAUCAAAUAAAUAGAAAAAUCAAAUUGUCCGCCUACCAGACGGCAAGCCCAGCCCAUCCAACAACUGAAGCCCAUUUCAAACCGGCCUCCUCUCUCUCCUGCCUUCCUCCUGAAAAAGGAAAAAGCCCCCGUUCUCUUCCUCUGCGUCGUCCACUCCCCAUGACCGCCCAUUCCGAGCACCCGCCGUCACCGGCGGAACCGCCCGCCCCCACCACCAUACGUGACCUCUCCGACGACCUCCUGCGCGAGAUCCUCCUCCGCCUCCCGUCCCUCCCUUCGCUCGUCCGCGCCGCCCUCACCUGCCGCGCCUUCCUGGCCGCCGUCCGCUCCUCCCCCGCCUUCCGCCUCCGCUUCCGAGCGCUGCACUCGCCCCCUCUCCUCGGCUUCUUCUUCGACCCCGACGGCAACGAAAACCCCACCUUCACGCCCAUCCGCCGCGGCUCCGAUCGGGACCACGCGGCCGCCGUCCGCGGCCUCGACGUCUUCCUCACCCGCGUCCCGCACCAGGACGACGACGACGUCUUCCCCGGAUGGCAGGUAAUGGAGUGCCGCGGGGGCUGCCUUCUCCUCCUCAACUGGAAAACCAAGCAGCUCGCCGCCUACAACCCCCUCACGGGCGCCUUGGAUCUCGUCCCCAAGCUCCCCGACGAGAUCUCCAAAGGACACCGCGGCAAGUUCAUCUCCGGUGAUUUCUUCCUGGUCGUCCCCGACGACGAGGCUCCCGAUAGGCGUUCGUUCCGGGUGAUCGCCUCCUGCCACGACAAGUCUCGGGUGCGCAUCGCCGUCUUCUCAUCGGCCACCAGGAAGUGGCAGAUUCUCCCCUGGUCGGAGCCUGUGCCGACACAGCCGGCGAGCGGCAAGUAUUGGCUUCUCUCGGGGAAGCAGGUGAAUGGGUUCCUGUGCUGGUCACACCAUAAGAAUGCCUACAAGGUGUUGCUGGACACGGCGACGCUGCAAUUCUCCUUCAUCGAUCUGCCGGAUGGCUUGAGUGGGCAAGGCCACCUCUACAGGACUGGGGAUACCAAGGAUGGGAAGCUCUGCAUCGUGGCCGCGAUCGAUUUCACGCUAUUCGUCUGGUUCCGGACACCAGAUGCUGAUGGUGUUGACAAGUGGGUGCUUCAAAAUGUGUUGCAGUUGGAGGAAGAGGUUCUUGAGGCCACCGAGGGCUCAUUGGAUGAACUUGAACAGCUGAAAGUGUUUGCAAUUCGGGACGGCAUUGUGUACAUGACGACAUUUGAGACAUUUAGAGAUGCUACAUUGCCUUGCUGGUACCUAUCCUUCUGCCUGGAAACAAGGAAGCUGGAAAAGCUCUUUUAUGUAAAAGCUGAUGGUCAUGCUCAUCCCUACUUCAUGCCAUGGCCAACUUCUUUAGUAGGUAACAAUUUGAGCCCCUGACUAGGAGGUGCUUGUUCAAGUGGAACUGGUUAUAAGAACAAUUCGUUCACUUUGGGUCUUGUAGCUAUCCUCGUAUGUUUUGGAUGCACAUGUAUCUACGUCAAACCAUAAGUGUUGGAGUGGAACAUAGUUUAAAUCCACUCCAAUUCACUUCAACACAUGUGGAUCGAGAGAAAUACAUGCAUAUCCAAACAAGCCCUUACUCUUUUUAUAUUUGAGAACUAUUACAUUUGUUUAUGCAUAGCCUCAGGAGUACCAGGCCGUGUAGCUCUUCCAACAAACUGAACCAGUUCUUUGAGCUUAGUAGUAACAAAGGGGAUGUUCUCAAAUCCAGAAAUGGAGCAUCCUGCUGAAGGAGAUAGAGAAGUUUGGCAAUGACGAUGACAGAGAGAUUAUCACGAGACUUGGUGCAAUCAAGAGCUGAUUCUUGUUUGUGUGACGAGAAAUGGAAACUGAAUAAAGGCUAAAAGCUCAAGGCAUAUUUAAUUACAUGACGAUAGCUUGGGAUGCAGUGUAACUUCACACAUCCUCUGGACACUGUCUUUUAAAACUAACCACAGCACAGAUGAUAUUAUGUCAAAGGAACCACAGGAAAAUUGUAAUCCUAUUAGGGAAUAUACUUCCACUGCUCCACACACACCGCAUCUAAUGAGGGCUGAUCCUGGUUUUAUCUUUACUAUUAUUGACUAGCAAAUAUGCCUGUGCGUUGCAACGGGAGAAAAAUACCAAAUGGAUGUUACAUAUUUAUUUA